CUCGUGUGGAAGUUUAUCCAAAAUCACUGAAAUUAAGAUUAAAACAGAGAUUAAUAUUUAUCAUUUUUGUCGCGGCGCAUCUUCAGUAAACAUAUGUGUGACAUUUUUAUGGAAUUCUGUUGAAUAGGAAAUGGCGUGACUAUGGGCUAAACGUUCAACGAAACAACUCGGCUGUGACUGCCUUAACUCGACACGCCUUAUGUUUUUUUUAUUUGUGAAACGAAAUGGUUCGGAAAACUUAGUAAAAAAGAUGAAAUAUUCAAGUGCUCUCUUCGCGUUGUUAGUGUUAAUGCACGUGAGCCACAUUAAAGGAGCCACCAAACCCACGAAAUACCCGCCAAAACUCGGGGGAGGUGCUGACGGAGCUGCCGGGAGUGAGUUUUUGAAAGGAACCGCCGAUACACCGAAGCUAGAAAUUCGGAGUCACUGUACAAAGAGUACACCUGCAUCCACUGACGUAGAUAUGAACCUGUUCGUCUAUCAGAAAGAUACAGCCUUCAAAUUUAGUAACAUUGGACCUGACGAUGAUAAACUUGUAGAAUACCAAGCAUGUUUUCUGAUAGAUGCAAAGGAAUAUGUUGACAACAAGAACAUUCAGAAGGCGACAACUCUCACAGGCUGUGGUGGUUCUGCCUCCUUGGUGCGAGGCAAUUCGGGAGGUGAUAUAGGCACUGACCUUGAUAGUCGAACCUUUAAAACUAAAAUCAGUUUCGAUCCUUCCGACAACUCGUAUGAUUGUGGUGGAUAUAAAAACAUGGACACCAAGGCGGUUUUCGCGGUGACAUGUAAGAGAUACGAGUUAUACGACAAAUUGUUUGAUUAUACGUUCCUAGUUUAUUACGAUGCCGACAAGGAUGCGUGCACCAGUCUACAGAUUGACCCACAAGACAUCACUGUAGCCACCCCGCCGACGAUCGAUCAUGCUCACCAGUUUGAGGUCACAUUCAAGGCUUACACCAAUGAUGAUAUUGCUGGGGUACCCUGGCCAAAUGGUCCACAAUCAGAAGAUGGUUCCCACUCAAAUAACGUCAAAGAGGUCACUGGGGUCCUAGACCUUGGUACCACGUUUUAUUUGGAGAUAUGUUUGAUUAAUCCGUCUAAGCCGAGCGAUCCAUCCUACAAACCGUUUUUUAAUGAUGGUUUUGAACCAAUCGGAAUCUACGUGAAGAAAUGCACAGCGACAAAUGACAAAGACACCGGUACACCUGGUAUAGAUGCCGACACGCCGGUUACAUUUAUUGAAGAUGGUUGCGGUUUGGGCGUGGAUCCAAUGGAAAUGGUCGGAAAAUCUGGGCUGCCCAAUGAAAGGGGGUUCAUGUAUGUCAAAGAUUCAACGGAUUCAACGUUAGACUGGUUAAGGACGCCGAAUUGUUUCCGGUCUUUUCCUACGGAGGCCGUGUCAUUUGCGAGAGCUAUUCGUGAUGCUGUCGCCCGAACUGUCUACAAGUGUGAAAUUGAAUACUGUUUUUCCUCGUCUGACACGAAAUGUUUUGGUACAAAAACUCAAGAAAGAAUUGGUUACCCAGCUUGUGCACGUAAGAAAAGAGAGGCUAAUGACACGGUCACUGGAUUUACCCGCAACACAGCUGGGUAUCCAACAGAAGUAUCGGUGGCGGUGAGCGUUUCGUUACCAGGAUCUAAACAGGCACAUUCCAAUUCAUGUCCAGAAUCAAUGAUGUUUGUUGGUAUAUCCACGAUACUGAGCGUUGCGUUUUUCGUCACGGUGAUACUGUCUGGCGUUCUGAUGUACAACAUUAGAUCGGUCUACUUCAACUCUGAUGACAGCUCUAUAAUAGGAAUUGUCAACUAAUAAUAUUUUCUCUCAGAUUAUGCUUUCGAUAU